UAGAGUGGUUUUAUAUGUUCACACUCUGUUACAAAACAGAGACUGUUAGGGACAGGAUUCAGUCAAGAGUAGGGAUUUUGAAUACAGGCUGCCCAUGAAGUUCAAAGAAGCAGAAGGACUGUGGAUGCCAUGCUGUUGAUUGUAGGUUAUCUUAGUCUUGUGAUGCCUGUCUUGUCUGUUUUCGACCCUUGUCACAAUUAUACUACCUUGGAUGAACCCUGGAGAGCUACCAAUUACACUGACAACCUCAAUCAUUGCGACAGUCGAGUCUCCUGGGACGGCUGGUACCGGUUGCUGUAUCAUGGACAGACUAUACGGAUGCCCGAGGAGUGCAUAAAUUCAUCUGGAUGCGGCACCGCUGGCAGACUGUGGAUGAAUGGAACCCACCCCCAACUACAGGAUGGGAUAGUUACAAGGAGGAUAUGUAAGGCUUUGACCAAUGGCGACUGCUGUUAUGACAGAGCCCCUCCGAUUGAAGUCAAAGCUUGUCCAGGAAACUACUAUGUCUAUCAGUUUGUCCUGUCCAAUGGCUGUAAUUAUGCUUACUGUGCAGAUGUGAACACCAUAUCCACAAACGCCUCUCUUACAUCUGCAACUGUGCAAACCUCAACAGUCUCGACUAACCCUUGUGAUAAAAUCCACUGCACUGAAGAUGAGGUAUGUGGGAAAGUAUAUGGAAUCUAUGGCUGCUUGUGCAAGAAGAGCCAUCACCAACUUAUCCCAGAGUCAUUUGGAUUAGUUGCCACAUGCCACAAUAGCUCCUGCUGGAUUUCACUAUCCCGCUGCCUCCUCUUUGAGGCUGGCUUUCCUGCUCAAGUUCUACACCUCAACGAUCCGGGCUGCACAGGCACAGUCCUAGAUGGACAGGUGAAGUUCCAUUUCAACAAUGACGACCAGAAAUGCGGAACUGUUCUAAGGGCCAAUAAAACCCACGUCAUCUACGAGAAUUCUAUUCAGGGGACAGCCGACUCUGCAGAAGGUCAUAUUAUUAGCAGACGGAGACAACUGAGUCUGCAGUUUGCCUGUGAAUAUCCUAUAAAACAAAAUGCUUCCAUGGAUAUGGCUAUCCAUGUCCUAAAAAGUGUUAUACACCAGAAGCUGCCUGCAGUACACGGGACAUACCAAGUUCAGAUAACUCCAUAUAAGGAUGCAGACUUCACACAGCAAUUCAGUGGCAAUGUGGCUGGGCAACCUGAGGAGACUAUCUACAUAGCCGUGGACGUGGAAGGAGUGGACGGCCGCCAGUUCUCCAGUGUGUUGGACUUCUGUUGGGCCACACCCAUCAAUAACUCAACCUCCUCCAUCAACUGGGACCUCAUCACUAAUCAGUGUCCCAACCCGGAAGAUGGCACGGUGAAGGUGCUGAGAAAUGGGGUGUCCACAAGCAGCCGUUUCUCCUUCAGGAUGUUCAGCUUCGGUGUGCCCCCCUCUCAGGUGUACCUCCACUGCAGCCUUCACCUCUGCCUUCUGGAGCUAGGCAAAAGCUGCAUCCCGAUCUGUGACCAUGUCCAUCAGCACAAAGGCCCCAGAUCUGCAGACAUCCAAGAUAAUAUCACUGUUUGUUGUGGGCCACUAUUCCCUGCUAGGAAUACAGAUGUGCUGAAUGUCCUGGCUCCACUGCCAAAGAGACGCUCUCCUAAGCUGUAAACAUGUCAUUUCCAUACCCUGUCAUUAUCUGGAAUCGUACCUUUUAAUAAAUACUUUUGAGAAGUAAA